UUGCAUGAAGGAGAUAUAAAGAGUAUUACACUUAUUGAUGAAAAUGCAAAGUGUUUAUCUAAUUUGACACUGGGCAAAUGUAAUUGGAAGAGCUACAUCGCAGUUUUUAAGGACAAACCACUUAAUUUAUAUAAUAUUGAAUGCCGUGGAAAUCAUGAUCCUGAACAUGUUAGAACAAAGCCAUAUCAAAUGGCAAAAGUAAUCAGAAAAGAAAUCGCAAGUAGAUCUACAAGCACAAUGCCAUCAAUAUUGGCAACAG